AUGGCAAGGAACUCCUUGAUUUUUAAAGAAAACCCUUGGUCAGUUGAAGAUUCAGUGGCCAAUGCUUCUAAUUAUAUGCAGGAAUUUAACUUGGAAAAAGAUAUGGAAUUGGAAGACAUCUGUAAUUCCAGGAAUGUUCAUCCAACUCUGUCUCCCCCCAGCCAUUCCACUAGGUCCAUCCCCCAUAAUACCAUCAAGCUCCAGUAUGAUGCAGGUACCUGCACUCAAUUCAAGUUUGGGUCUGUAGCAGGUAUAGCCAGAGAUUGUUCCAACAAGGUUAUUGGUAGAUUCUCGGCUAUUUUUCGGCAUAUUUGGGACCCAGGCAUUUUGGAGUUCCUAGCUCUGAGGGAGACUAUGAAUUGGUGCAUUAGCAAUAAGUGGAAAUCUGUGUCUUUCGAAGGCGAUGUCAUUCUGGUAGCUCAGUCUAUUAACUCAGGAGUUCCAUCCUCGAGUGCUAGCUGGGGUAUCUGUAAAGAUAUUUGA